AUGGACAGAGAUCAAUUGGCUUGUGAAUCCUGUUCAACACUAUCAACGUACCUCAACAACGACGCAGGCCAGCUGAUUCCAUUUUACAACAUGCGUAUCAAGGUGAUGGAUCGCACAGGAACUCUCAACUGCAUCCUUCUUAGCGAUGUUACUGACAAAAUGAUCGGAUGUCCGGCUGAUAUGUUUGAAGCGCUAGACUACGAAACAAGAUCGAGGAUCAAAUGGAACUACUUGCUGGAGAGGUGCAGGAUAACUUUGCAGAUAUACGAAUCCGAUGAAAGAAAGCGAAAAAUAAAAAUAUUAGAUCUGGAUCUCGUUCAAUCAGAUGAAAUAUUUAGAGAAAUGCUCACCUUGAAAUGA